GCUGCCGUCCGCCCUGGCGGCGGCGCAGUGCCCCCGGGUUUCAGGUUUGGGGUGGAGGGCGUGGCGUGAUCGUGGAACCCCGAGAGCUCCUAAUGCUGACCUGGGGAAGUCACACCCGGCCUGCCUGCCAAGGCUGCGCGGGGCUGUGGCGGGGCCUCCGGAAAGGUUCGCUGCCCUACAGGGAAGUAGGUGAAGGACGCUCCACGGAAUAGGCCCGAGACGGCCGGCCUUCUGUGCAUUGACCGUAGAAAUGUCACAUAGACUCAGUCCACACUGCACAGUAAUCCUCGGAAUGUGUUUUUGAUCUUCUGAAUUCCAACCAUGUUGUCAAACUGCUUACUAAAAUUUCUAAAAGGCACAAGCUCUCGUCCAUAUCCAGCGUCAUGCUGCUGGUUAAUAAGCAAACGCAAGUUUUCUGGAACUACACCAGCAGCCGUGUCUCUCAGGAGAGUUGUCAUCACAGGCAUCGGACUAGUGACACCACUAGGUGUUGGGACUCAACUAGUUUGGGGUCGGCUUCUCCGAGGAGAAAGUGGAGUUGUUUCUGUAGUUGGUGAUGAGUACAAGAGUAUUCCUUGCAGUGUAGCUGCUUAUGUGCCAAGAGGUGCUGAUGAAGGUCAGUUCAAUGAACAAAACUUUGUGUCCAAAUCAGACACCAAGUCCAUGUCAUCUCCCACCAUCAUGGCCAUCGGGGCAGCAGAGUUGGCACUGAAAGACUCCGGCUGGCAUCCGAAGUUAGAAGCAGAUCGGGUGGCUACUGGCGUUGCCAUUGGCAUGGGCAUGGUUCCUCUUGAAGUUGUUUCUGAAACUGCUUUGAUGUUUCAGACCAAAGGUUACAAUAGAGUCAGCCCAUUCUUUGUCCCUAAGAUUCUGAUCAAUAUGGCUGCAGGCCAGGUCAGCAUUCGAUAUAAACUCAAGGGCCCCAAUCACUCAGUGUCCACAGCCUGCACAACAGGAGCACAUGCUGUGGGAGACUCCUUUAGAUUUAUAGCCCAUGGGGAUGCAGAUGUGAUGGUGGCUGGGGGCACAGAUUCUUGCAUUAGUCCAUUAUCUCUUGCUGGGUUUUCCAGAGCCCGCGCUCUGAGCACAAACCCAGAUCCUAAGCUGGCCUGCCGACCAUUUCAUCCAGAGAGAGAUGGUUUUGUCAUGGGCGAGGGUGCUGCUGUGCUGGUGUUAGAAGAACAUGAACAUGCUGUUCAGAGAGGAGCCCGGAUAUAUGCGGAAGUUCUGGGCUAUGGACUCUCGGGUGAUGCUGGUCACAUAACUGCCCCUGAUUCUGAAGGAGAAGGUGCCUUCAGAUGCAUGGCUGCUGCUGUGAAAAAUGCAGGUGUGUUGCCUGAACAGAUAUCCUAUGUCAACGCACAUGCCACCUCCACACCACUGGGUGAUGCUGCAGAAAACAGGGCCAUUAAGAGGCUCUUUGGAGAUCACGCUGGUGCCCUUGCCAUAUCUUCCACAAAAGCAGCCACCGGGCAUCUGUUGGGGGCUGCAGGGGCGGUUGAGGCAGCUUUUACCGCACUGGCUUGUUACCAUCAAAAACUACCACCGACUUUAAACCUGGAUUGUACAGAGCCAGAAUUUGAUCUCAAUUAUGUUCCACUGGAGGCGCAGGAAUGGAAAACUGAGGGUCGACGUAUUGGACUCACCAAUUCCUUUGGGUUUGGUGGUACUAAUGCAACACUUUGUCUUGCUGGCAUGUGAACAUUGGCUUUUAACUCUCAUAAAUGUAUAAAUAAUAAUGUGCAUACAUAUGUUUAAUAUCAAUACCCAGAUGUCUUUAACACAA